GAAGCUGCAUCCCGCGGGCCGCCCCUCCUGAGGGCCACGGCCACGGGCGCCCCUGCCCUGAGCCCACUCCCGCGGGCGCCCCCCCUCUAACAGCGGGGAUGGGGCAGAAGGAGUCACCCCGCUGCGGGAAGAUACCUUCUUGAAACAAAACAUUUUUCCACCUGCUCAUACUUGGUGACUGAGGGAUUACUAAGACUCCCUUCUUGCUCAUUUUUGAGUAUUGUCUGAACUACUCCUGACACUAUGAAUGCUACUCGGAUGCCUCUUAAGUCUGUUCUCUGGGGAGGCAGAAAGGGGCCGUGGAGCUGGCCUCGGCACCGGGAGAGGCUGGACUUCCUGUCUCUCUGUGCUGAAUGGCUGCGAUGGCGCCCGCUCUCACUGACGCAGCAGCUGAAGCACACCAUAUCCGGUUCAAACUGGCUCCCCCAUCCUCCACUUUGUCCCCUGGCAGUGCCGAAAACAACGGCAACGCCAACAUCCUUAUUGCUGCCAACGGAACCAAAAGAAAAGCCAUUGCUGCAGAGGAUCCCAGUCUAGACUUCCGAAAUAAUCCUAAGGAAGAUUUGGGAAAGCUGCAACCAUUGGUGGCGUCUUAUCUCUGCUCCGAUGUAACACCUGUUUCCUCGAAGGAAUCGUUGAAAUUGCAAGGUGUCUUCAGCAAGCAGACAGUCCUUAAAUCUCACCCUUUCUUAUCUCAGUCCUAUGAACUCCGAGCUGAGCUGUUGGGGAGACAGCCAGUUUUGGAGUUUUCCUUAGAAAAUCUUAGAAGCAUGAAUACGAGUGGUCAAACAGCUCUGCCACAAGCACCUGUAAAUGGGUUGGCUAAGAAAUUGACUAAAAGUUCAACACAUUCUGAUCAUGACAAUUCCAGUUCCCUCAAUGGGGGAAAACGAACUCUUACUUCAUCUUCUCAGGGGGGUGAUGAAAUGGUGGCAUCUGAAUCAGGGGACUUGAAGGGGGGUAUGACCAAUUGCACUCUUCCACAUAGAAGCCUUGAUGUAGAACACACAACUAUAUUUAGCAAUAAUAGCACUGCAAACAAAUCUUCUGUAAAUUCCAUGGAACAGCCAGCACUUCAAGGAAGCAGUAGGUUAUCACCUGGCACAGACUCCAGUUCUAACUUGGGGGGCGUCAAGUUAGAGGGUAAAAAGUCUCCCCUGUCUUCCAUUCUUUUUAGUGCUUUAGAUUCUGACACAAGGAUAACAGCUUUACUACGACGGCAGGCUGAUAUUGAAAACCGUGCCCGCAGAUUACAGAAGCGCUUACAGGUUGUGCAAGCCAAGCAGGUGGAGAGGCACAUUCAGCAUCAGCUGGGUGGAUUUUUAGAGAAAACUUUGAGCAAACUGCCAAACUUGGAAUCCCUGAGGCCCCGAAGCCAGUUGAUGCUGACUCGAAAGGCUGAAGCUGCAUUGAGAAAAGCUGCCAGUGAGACCACCACUUCAGAAGGACUUAGUAACUUCCUGAAAAGUGAUUCCAUUUCAGAAGAAUUGGAGAGAUUUACAGCUAGUGGUAUAGCCAGCUUGAGGUGCAGUGAACAAGCAUUUGACUCAGAUGUCACUGACAGUAGUUCAGGAGGAGAGUCUGAUAUUGAAGAGGAAGAACUGACCAGAGCUGAUCCUGGGCAGCGUCACAUACCUCUGUCCAGACGCUGGACAUCGGAGAUCAGGAUGCCAUUAUGGAGGCGCAGGUCAGAAUGGAGAUGGGCUGCAGACCGAGCGGCUAUUGUCAGCCGCUGGAACUGGCUUCAGGCUCAUGUUUCAGACUUGGAAUAUCGAAUUCGGCAGCAAACAGAUAUUUACAAACAGAUACGUGCUAAUAAGGGGUUGGUAGUUCUUGGAGAGGCGCCUCCUCCAGAGAAUGCAACAGCAGACUUAGUUCUUAGUUCUGAGGUGAAGACAGAUCAUGGGAAUGAUAAAUUGACCGAAUCUGUUUCUCAGCCACUGGAAAACCAUGGUGCCUCUGGUCAUUCUUCAGAGUCAUUAUCUACCAAAUCAUAUGGAGCAUUGAGACCUGUCAAUGGAGUUAUUAACACGCUGCAGCCGGUCUUGGCGGACCACAUUCCAGGUGACAACUCUGAUGCUGAGGAACAAUUACAUAAAAAACAACGACUGAAUCUAGUUUCUUCAUCAACUGAUGGCACCUGUGUGGCAGCCCGAACACGUCCUUUGCUGAGCUGUAAGAAACGGAGGCUUGUUCGACCUAACAGCAUCGUUCCUCUUUCCAAGAAGGUUUAUCGCAACAGCCCAGUGCGUUCUGGCUGUGAUGUGAAUCCCUUCUGUGCACUGUGUGGCUCAAGCAGUGCCAACGCCAUGCCUCCGGAAAUCCACUACGAAGCCCCUCUGUUGGAACGCCUUUCCCAACUGGACUCUUGUGUUCACCCAGUUCUGGCAUUUCCAGAUGAUGUUCCCACAAGCCUGCACUUCCAGAGCAUGCUGAAAUCUCAGUGGCAGAAUAAACCUUUUGACAAAAUCAAACCUCCCAAAAAAUUUUCACUUAAGCACAGAACACCCAUGCCAGGCAGUCUGCCAGAUCCAACUCGUAAAGACAGGCACAAGUUGGUCAACUCCUUCUUAACAACAGCCAAGCUGUCCCAUCACCAAACCCGGCCUGACAGGACCCACAGGCAGCACUUAGACGAUGUGGGGUCUGUGCCUGUGGUGGAGCGAGUGACAGCGCCAAAAGCAGAGCGCUUGCCCAACCUACCACCACUCGUGCAUGACCCAAACCACAGCAAAAUGAGAUUGCGAGACCAUUCAUCUGAGAGAAGUGAAGUGUUGAAGCAUCACACAGACUUGAGCAGUUCGAGCUACUUGGCAGCCUCCCACCAUUCACCGCACAGUCCUUUGGUGCGACAGCUCUCCACCUCAUCAGACACCUCUGCAUCCACCAGCUCCAGCCCACAGGUUACAGCCAGCACAUCUCAGCCAAUAAGGAGGAGAAGGGGAGAGAGCUCAUUUGACAUUAACAACAUUGUCAUCCCAAUGUCUGUUGCUGCAACAACCCGUGUAGAGAAACUGCAAUACAAGGAAAUCCUUACUCCCAGCUGGCGGGAGGUUGAUUUUCGGUCUCUGAAGGGGAAUCCUGACGAAGAGAACGAAGAGAUCGAGGACUUGUCUGAUGCAGCCUUCGCCGCCCUGCAUGCCAAAUGUGAGGAGAUGGAGAGGGCUAGGUGGCUGUGGACCACAAGCGUGCCACCCCAGCGGCGGGGCAGCAGGUCUUACAGGUCAUCAGACGGCCGGACAACCCCCCAGCUGGGCAGUGCCAACCCCUCCACCCCCCAACCCCCCUCUCCUGAUGUCAGUAGUAGCCACUCUUUGUCGGAGUUCUCCCACGGUCAGUCCCCCAGGAGCCCCAUCAGCCCGGAACUGCACUCGGCCCCCCUCACCCCUGUGGCACGGGACACUCUACGACACCUAGCCAGUGACGACACCCGUUGUUCCACGCCAGAGCUGGGGCUGGACGAGCAGUCUGUCCAGCCAUGGGAGCGGCGAACCUUCCCCCUGGCGUACAGUCCCCAAGCAGAGUGUGAGGACCAACUGGAUGCGCAGGAACGGGCAGCUCGCUGCACUCGGCGCACCUCAGGCAGCAAGACUGGUCGAGAGACAGAGGUGGCACCCACCUCACCUCCCAUUGUCCCCCUCAAGAGUCGGCAUCUAGCAGCGACAGUCACAGCUCAGCGUCCAACUCACAGAUGAGCGGGAGACGAGAAUCUAAAGACUCACUAACUAUUGGCAUUAAAGCUUCAGAAAUCUCUGCGUUUGAUAUUCAAACAUCAUAUGCCGGAAAUUUUCACAGUUUUUAGUGAAUUUAAGGAAUUUAGAUUCUGCUUUGUUAUUUUUUUUUCUCAUUUUGAUUUUUGUUUUGUUUUGGUUUUGGUUUCCAUGUUUGUUGUCACACACCUGAGCACUUCCUCCAGCUGGCAAACAGAAGUUCAGGAUAAGACCCUGCCGGGCCUGGUCCUGGCACAUCCUCUGCACUGUUGAAUCACUGGACUUAGCGGCGUUUGAUGACCACCUCUCCCUCGCACCUGUGGGCAGGGUGGAACAGCCAAGUGGGCAGAGGGAAUGGAAAGCUCCAGCUCAGUAUUGCCACCUUAGGUUAGGGUGGGAGAGCAGCUCGCUCUGGGCUCUUACCCUUCCCCACUCCUCUGCUCCCCUCCCACCUGUGGCUUGGCUCAGCUCCGGCCCUCCUGGCUGGGUCUCCCUUGGCCAUCUGUGCUGGAGCACCCGCGCCAGAGCCUCAGCUGUAACUGCCAGCUAGAAUGGCUUCCCCUGUCACCCAGAUCUCGGAGACGGAUGUGGAGUUUCCUCUGCAUUUGGUCAUCUCUGUAUUGACUCCUUAACUGCAGUUAACCUGGCUGUGGCUGCUCAGGUCCCCAUCCUGCCCCUUCGUGCUCUCGUCUGCUCCCCAUGCCAUAUACAUACCUACGCACACCAGUUCUUCCACUGGGACUUUUUUACCCUCUCCUGUUCCAUGAAGCUAGAGUUAGGACUACUUAACCUCUAUUCCCACCUCUGCAAACCAGGGGUCUGGGAAGUGAGCAGCCAUUUCUUCUAUGUAAUUCUGUUUUCUCCGGCUGAUUCAUUCAGUCGUUUCCUUCCCCCUCCAGUUCCCUGUCAGUGUCAGUUCGGCCCUUCCUCUUUUAAGUUUCCCUUUCCUGUGGAACAUUGUCUGGUCCCAGCUGUGGUUCCCACCGCUCCCCCAUGAUCACUCCCUGGUUGUUACCCUUGUGCCUGUCUCAUGUAUGAUCACAGUACCAAAAGGGGCAAUAAGGACUUUUUUUUUUUUGCCAUUUUGUAAUCAUAUAAAAAUAGUAAGCAAACUGCUUAAUGGUUGGGGUUUUUUCACAAUUUUCAACAUUAGUGAUUCUUUUUGAUUCUGUUUGCAAGUUAAAGGGUUUGUCAUUGUUUCUUUAAAAAAACAAUAAUGCACCAUAUCCCUAUGCAUAAAGUGCUUCUUCUAUUUAUAAGGUUGAAAAUUCUGAAUAACCCUUUUAGCAUUGUAAAAAAAAAAAAAAAACAAAAACAAAAAUGGAAAAAAAAACCUUGUAUUUUGUAAAUAUUUUCUUUUUUCUGCUUUGAGCUGUGUAUUGGCAGCGAAACAUGUAGCUGUCUUUGUUCUAUAGAAAUGCUUUUCUUCAGAGAAGCUGAUCUUUGUUAAUGUCUUGAUUCUGUUCGCAAAGCACAGACUAGUGCUUAAAAAAAAAAAGGAAGGAAAAAAUGAAAAAAAUAAAAAAAAGUUACAGAA